UCCGCCUUGGUGACUGUUCGCGUCGGAAAAGAGCCAGAGAGCAAAGACUUCGUCGCCCACGAAUCGAUCCUCACCUCACGAUCGGAGUUCUUCCGCCGCGCCUUGAACGGCAAUUGGGAGGAAGCCCACGCGCACAUAGUCCACCUCCCUGAAGACGAGCCGGAUAUAUUUGGAAUCUAUCUCAAUUAUGUCUAUACCGGUCGGCUCCAUACAAUGUCGGUGGACAGCGAGGAACUUGCUACCCUGGACCACAACAAAUUUAGGACGACCGUCAAUGAGGAAUAUAACAAUCUCUUCUGCCUCUAUAUCCUUGCAGAGAAGCUUCAGGAUACCCCGACCAAGGAUGCUACUUUCACCGCUCUCUUA